CUGAGCGGGAUUUUCCAGUAUUCUUUGCUUGUUGCACGACUGGCGGGAGGUGUUUAGUGUAUAGAGUUUUGUAAGUUUCUUCUAGUCGCUAUAAACGUGGAAUCAAACUACGUUUGCAUAUGGCAUUUUCCACACCACCACGAACGCCAGUAUUGGCUGGCAAAACAAGUCCAAUCGUAACUAAAACAGCCACUCGAAGCAAAGUGGUCGAUACGAAAAAUUUGUUCAUUUUUUCCGGGAUCAAUUUGAUUGUCAGCUUGUUCUUGUUCUAUGAACUAAACGCCCAACACAUACAACUGUGGUUUAACAUCACAAACUCAUUAUUUUACUACGCUGUUCUCUUAUUUGCUGUUCUGUUCACUGUGAAUUCCUUGGUGGACUUUAUUCAAGCUGUGUCCUCAACAAUUCCAACUGCUCCUUUGUAUUUGUCACCAGCACAAAAACGAUUAAUGGGCAUCAAAAAAUCAGAUCCACGAUUCACAUCGUGUGCACAAACUCCAAAACUGAUUUCCGAUAGAAAGAUCUCACCAGGACGAACUUUCAGUUUAACCAAUUUAACAAACAAGCCAAACCAACAGCAAACCAGCACUCCCAUACAAUCACAUUCUCCAUACAUUACCAGACACACCCCUUCCCCAAGCCCAAGUCCAAGCUCCUCUUUUCACACCACAGUAGCUGCACAAGGAUACCAAGCUAAUAUUGGUGGAGGUUCACCUUACAAUUCAAGACUAUCAGACUCACAUAAUUUCACUCAUAUGGUGGGUCAGACAACUCCAGUAUCAGGAAUUUUUGAUGGAGGAAGUAUUCUUGACUCAUCGGGUGGAAGUCCAUAUUUACGCCAUCGUAGAUCUCCUUUCGUUAGUUCAACGUUAUCACCUGAUGAUUAUGGGAGUGACCAGAAAAAAGUUUCAAACUACAGAAGAAGUCAAUAUGAGAAAGAGCGAUGGCAAAUGUAUGGUACUGAUUCCUCAGUGAACAACAGUUCAAAUUACUGGGGAUACAACCAAAGUGUGCAUGAAUACAGUGGAGAGCUAAGUAAGAAUGUUUAUCAGCUCUCCACAAGAUCACCGAUAUCUCCAACUCAAAGCAAAGAUAGUAAAGCUACUGAAUUCUCGAAAUAUUGGUCACAAGCUGGUAUUAGUUCCGACUGCAUGUUUGAAUGUGCUGGUAAAUUAAGAAGAUGGAUUUCACUCACUGUCAUAAGUGGAGUUGUGAAAGAAAUACAAAAAAUAAACCUUCGACUUAAAAAGCUGGGAUGUCCUGAGAUUCAGAUAGGAGAAUCGAGCUUAAGUGCGUUAAAGCAGAUACAGAUGAGCAAAACAGCUCAGAUUCCGUCGCUAACAUGGAUCAUGCCAUAUUUGGAGCUGACCAACCAUCAAGAAUAUUUGGUGGAACGUUUGAAAACUUUGGGUUCUGGAGGUUACAUGAGUGAGUUCUGUUGGAACAAAGGAGGAUCGGUGAAGGGAAGAGCAUGGGCUGAUGAUCUUGUAACUGAUGCUGAGUUGGUGAUGCAUAUGUUUUGUUCCUAUUUAGAUUGGCAUCUUCCCGCACAUCCAAGAUACCCUGAUGGAAAAACAUUUACUUCUCAAUACUUUGUUCGAACACCGGAUAAACCGAAACUACAAAACUUGACCGAGCACAAAAUGCUUCUUCAUCAAAGCAAACUCAACCCACCACAUUAUCAACUGGUUACCAAGGAAACCACAUAUGACAUGCCACCUGGUCGCCAUAACCUUUUCUACACUCUCCUGCUAUUUCUGCACAACAUAAAGUCAAAAGAAGGCUGCAUGUUGGGGCCUGUCAACCUCGGUCUUUCCGGCAUCAACAUUCUCAAUGUGCUGGAUCCAAUACACAGCAGUUCUGAGAUCCAGCAGAAGAACUACCACGCCAGCACCUCUAAGCCAUGACUCAUUGUCCAACUAUUUCCAAAUGUCUCACUCCCCACUUUCGGAUGUAGUAAUAAGGAAUUACGAAACCGGUCUCUCAACCCUGUGGCACACGCUCACGCAAGCGACGUGGAGUAAUAUGCCGCCAUAGCGGACAAAAUCGCUGAUUUUCAGACACGAAAUUGUGUCGCCUUUAUACCAUUAAUAAAACUUUCUUGAUGUGUAAAACUAUAAAGUAUAUGUCGGAAUUUAGUUUAGAUUUCUUGAGUCCAAAUACCGAAAUUAACUUGGUAUACUAGUACCGCGUGUGGUCGGGAAAUACUACACUACAUUCGCCGAAACAAGCAAAUCAUCUCAUGCUUGUCGUUUAUGUUCCCAACGAACGUGGUGCUGUGAUGUCAUUUCUUUAGCACGCCGUUCCAUAUUAUGACCGCGGAGCCAUGUUUGUGCUCUGUCGCGUGUCUCCCCGGCCGAACUUGGUCAAUAUUUAUUCAAGCAAUCCCAAUUUUGAUUGCUAGCUAAUGGGCUAAGAGGCGACUUCCUCUCCACUUGCGGUCGACCACCAUGAACAGUAGAAGAACAUUAAACAGUGGUUAGCGCGA